AUGGCGAAUUUCUCCAGUAUCCACGUUCUCUUCUUCGUGUUCAUCACAAGCGGUAUUGCUGUUUCCUCCACCGUCUUCACUCUACAGAACAGUUGUCCUUACACCGUCUGGCCCGGAAUCCUCUCCGGCAACAGCAACAAUCUCGGCGACGGUGGAUUUCCCUUGACUCCAGGAGCUUCCGUACAGCUCACGUCACCUCCGGGAUGGUCAGGCCGGUUCUGGGCUCGUACCGGCUGCAACUUCGACUCAACCGGCCGAGGUUCCUGCGUCACCGGAGACUGCGGCGAAGUUUUGAAAUGUCUCGGAAGCGGAGUUCCUCCAGCUACUCUAGCCGAGUUCACCGUUGGAUCAGCUGAUUCCGACAAGGAUUUUUACGAUGUGAGCCUUGUCGAUGGUUACAAUGUGGAGAUGGGGAUAAGACCACAAGGAGGAGGAUCUAGAGAUUGUCAUUACGCAGGCUGUGUUGCUGACAUUAACGAGAUUUGCCCUAGCGAGUUGCGGAUAAUGGAUCCGUAUAACACUGGAAACGUGGCUGCGUGUAAGAGCGCAUGUGCGGCGUUUAAUUCGCCAGAGUUUUGUUGCACCGGUGCUCAUGCGACGCCGGAAACUUGUUCUCCGACGCAAUACUCGGCGAUGUUUAAGAACGCUUGCCCUAGUGCUUAUAGUUACGCUUACGAUGAUGCUACGAGCAUUUUCACUUGUUCUGGUUCUAACUACUUGAUCACUUUCUGCCCUACCCGGUCUUAA